UGUAGCUCUGUGGGAUUGAUGAACGUGAACGCGAACGCAAGCGAACGACCGUUAGUCGCAGCAGACACGGGUGACGAACAACAACAAGUUGGAGCGCGUUGCUGGCAAGCGGACCACGGAUUACGGAUCACGGAACACAUCACGGAUCGGUAGCUAAUGAAACCCAACGGCUAAUUGGAUUUCAAUGCGGAACUAAAAGUGACAAGCUCUGCGCGCAUUUCUGCGUUCAUUCAGUGUUUAUUUUCUUCUCUUCUCACUCGUGCCGUUUAUUUUGUGUGUGAUUCCUUAAAGCGAAAUCUAUUUAUUAUUGAAGAAGCCACACAUUAGCUAAAAUAAGGUGUGAAAAGUGCGUGAUAAUUUUCGAACAAUGCGUGCGGAUCAACUGGCCGCUACACGCUAAUCAGAACUCAGUUGUGGUUCAGCAAUUCACCUGUUUACAAAUCGAAACGCUAAACCCCAAUCUGGCUCUGGCAAAACGAAAUUCAAUCAGGCAACCCAACUGGCGUCGCGACGGCAUCAAUUUGUACAAAUUUCAUGCCUUAAUUGAAACCAACAAUAAGGCCAAGUGCGAAAAUUUAACGGCGCACCAAAAACCAAAAACGCUACAAGCGCGACAACUGUGCGAUACCAAUUAAAUCAGCGGACUAUAGCGACUACAGCAGUUGCAAUCUAAGCUUCAUCUUCUAGACGCGCGCACUCUGCAACAGAGCAGCAAAACGUUACAAUUGUGGAGUACUUUAAUCUGGAAAUGGACCCAGAGUCGCAGUGUCCGCAGUACGGCGAAGUGAAUCAGCUGGGCGGCGUCUUUGUGAACGGCCGGCCGCUGCCGAAUGCGACGCGCAUGCGCAUUGUGGAGCUGGCGCGUCUGGGCAUCAGACCCUGCGACAUUUCACGCCAGUUGCGCGUGAGUCAUGGCUGCGUGUCCAAGAUACUGGCGCGCUAUCAUGAGACGGGCUCCAUAUUGCCGGGCGCCAUAGGCGGCUCCAAGCCGCGCGUGACCACGCCCAAGGUGGUCAACUACAUACGCGAGCUGAAGCAGCGGGAUCCGGGCAUCUUUGCCUGGGAGAUACGCGAUCGUCUGCUCAGCGAGGGCAUCUGCGACAAGACGAAUGUGCCGAGUGUAAGCUCCAUUUCCCGCAUACUGCGCAACAAGCUGGGCAGCAUUGGACAUCAUCACAGCGCAGCCGCUGGCGCUUCGGCCGCGUCCCUAGGCAUGAGUAGCAGCGGCAGCAGUGGCUCCAGCGCCGGCAACAAUGCCUCCAAUGCUGGCAGCUCAGUACAGCACCCACACACACACUCCCACUCCGCCCACCAGCAUCACUAUCAUCAUCAGCAUACGGCAGCUGCAGUGGCCGCCAGUGCUCAUCAUGCGCAUGCCCACGCGCAUCUUUACAAUUCCAUUUACCAGCCGUACAGUGCGGCCGCUGCCUACAGCAUGAAAGCUGUCUCCUGCGGCAGUCCCUCGCCCCCGCAGUCGGCGCAGACGCAUCAGCUGCGCAGCGUGGCCGCCGCCCACUGGCCCUCAUCACAUUCGGUAACGGAUAUCCUAGCACAUCAUCAGGCAGUGGCGCUACGUGCAAGCUGCCAAGGCAACACAGUGUCGCCGCUGCCUAUGACUCCGUCUCCGGUGGCUGCCGCUACGGGCGGACAGCCGCUGCUCGACUGCGAGGGGGGAGCAGCACAGCAACCGCCCUAUAACUAUUACAUGUACUUUCAGAAUGGCGGAAUGCAUCAUCAUCAUCAUCAUGGCGGCAUGAUGACGGCCGGAGCCACGGGAUUAUGAGUGCCCGCAGCGGAUUAGUCAUUGGUGUAAGUGGGUUUGGUGGCGAAGGGUCCAACUACCAUAGUUAACAUACUUUAAGCAACGAACACUGAAACGAUUUUAGCGGGCACAGUUGAAUCAAGUACGGCGGCCCCAAGUCAGAGGGGAUCUCUUUAUACGGCGGCU